AUGUGUGUGGGCCAACAGGACAUAGACGUGGAUGAGCUGGUCAGGCAGUCAACCCAGCAGCAGCAGCACAGCAGCACACCGGACAAGGACAAGGCGCAGCAAGGGAAUAUUCCACCAGACAGGCAGCAGCAGCAACAGGGAUUUGCACCACAAGGCCAGCGGCAGAAUCUUAACAGCUACGGGAAGCCAGCAACGAACUGGAACACUCCUCCGCCUCUCCCCCCGCUGCUGCAGCAACCAUGCUCUCAUGGCAUGCCUCUGGUGCAGUGCCCCUCGCUACAAGCACACAUACAGGAGCGCAAGAACGAGCUGCUAGACGUGUCCAACGACCUGCUGGACAACGCGGGAGACAUGAGCCCCCGCCGGGCAGAAGAGCUCCGCCUGCGCAGGAAAUCCCUUCAGCAAGAAAUACAGACCCUGCAGCAGCACUCACAGAACGGGGUAACCACCUCCCCUCACCUCUCCUCCCCAUCACCUCACCACACAUCAUCACCACACUUCAACCACUCCUCACCACCCUCCACCCAUCCCUACUGUCCUGCCACCCCGUCCUUCACCACGCCUGGCUCUCGUCCCACGCCUCCGUCCACUGGCUGGAGCACGCCUCCCAGAAGCACCUGGUCCUCCCCUCCUCCCUCCCGCCCCCCUCCGCCCUCUUCUUCUCUGGGUGCCGCGCCAGCAGCAGGCAUGGGGGCAGCAGCAGCAGCAGCAGCAGCAGCCACAGUAGGGUCGUUUGCUGCAGCAGGGGCGAACCGAGACUAUGCCUCUGCGACUGGAGAGGUCAACAAUGGAGUAGGAGGGUUCUCCGUUGCCAGUGGAGGAGGAGGAUACGGAGGAGCGGUGAACGGGGGAGGGUAUGUGGGAGCAGCGUAUGCAGGAGGAGGAGGAGGAGUAGGGGGGUUCACAUCCCCUCCAGGGGGAGGAGGAGGGGGUGAAAAUGGUGGGGCGGCGAGGAGAGGGGAGGUGGUGCCGGUGUGUCUGUCGGAGGUGCGGUUCAGUGAAGGGUCGGCGGACCGGCAGUGGGCUCGCAGGGACUUUGCCUGGACAAGAGAGCUGGAGGAGCACAACUGGAAGCUGUUUGGCAACCGGUCGUUCCGGGCGAAUCAGAGGGAGGUGAUGAAUGCUACCAUGAGCGGCAGAGACGUGUUCGUGCUCAUGCCCACGGGCGGGGGGAAGAGCCUCACGUACCAGCUCCCAGCAGUGUGCUCGCCUGGGGUCACGCUGGUGGUGUCGCCACUCAUCUCCCUCAUCUGCGACCAGAUCAUGCACCUCGAACAGGUGCGACCAGAUCAUGCACCUCGAGCAGGUGCGACCAGAUCAUGCACCUCGAGCAGGUGCGACCAGAUCAUGCACCUCGAGCAGGCGAUUGCGGGCAAGGGGGAGAGUGUGGGCGAGGGGGAGAGUGUGGGCAAGGGGGAGAGUGUGGGCAAGGGGGGGAGUGAGUGCAACGGGGUAUGUGCAACGGGGGAGAGUGAGUGCAAGGGGAGAGUGUGUGCAACGGGGGAGAGUGAGUGCAAGGGGGAGAGUGAGUGCAAGGGGGAGAGUGUGUGCAAGGGGGAGAGUGAGUGCAAGGGGGAGAGUGAGUGCAAGGGGGAGAGUGUGUGCAAGGGGGAGAGUGAGUGCAAGGGGGAGAUUGAGUGCAAGGGGGAGAGUGUGUGCAAGGGGGAGAGUGAGUGCAAGGGGGAGAUUGAGUGCAAGGGGGAGAUUGAGUGCAAGGGGGAGAUUGAGUGCAGGGGGGAGAGUGAUUGCAAGGGGGGAGAGUGUGUGCAAGGGAGAGAGUGUGGGCAACGGGGAGAGUGUGGGCAGCGGGGGAAGUCGAAAGCUUGGCAGGUGCGAGGUAACAAGCCAUCUCUGCUCGCGGUGCUGCCAGAUCAAGCUGCUCUAUGUCACCGCGGAGAAGAUCGUCAGGUGGGGCCUUUCCCCUGGUUUGCUAUUCGUCCUUUCCACAGGAGCGACAACCUGUUUCGGCAUCUGGAGGGGCUGUACCGGCGGGACCUGCUGGUGCGCAUGGUGGUGGAUGAAGCACACUGUGUCAGCCAGUGGGGUCAUGACUUUCGACCCGACUACCAGGGCCUGGGCGUGCUAAAGAGCAAGUUCCCCUCGGUACCUCUCAUGGCACUCACAGCCACGGCCACCCAUGCAGUGCUGAACAGCAAGUCCCCACGCCCCUCUCUCCCCUCUCCCCUCAUCCACCAGGGCCUGGGCGUGCUGAAGAGCAAGUUCCCCUCGGUGCCGCUCAUGGCACUCACAGCCACGGCCACCCAUGCAGUGCAGGCGGACGUGGUCAGUGCGCUGUGCCUCAAGCAGUGUGUCGUCUUUAAGCAAACCUUCAACCGCCCCAACCUCAGGUACGAGGUGAGGGCGAAGGGGCGGCGGUGCAUGGACGACAUAGACUCGUUCAUCCGCAGCAGCGGGUUCUUCCGAGAGUCAGGCAUCGUGUACUGCCUCUCCCGCAACGACUGCGAGAAGACCGCCGAGCAGCUCACUGUGAGUGGCGUGGGUGCUGAUAGAGCGGGGUUCUAUCAUGCCAACAUCGCAGCAGGCGAGCGGGCAGACGUGCAGAGGAGGUGGAGCAAGGACGAGAUCAACGUCAUCUGUGCCACUGUCGCAUUUGGCAUGGGCAUCAACAAGCCAGAUGUUCGUUUCGUCAUCCACCAUUCCCUUCCUAAGAGCAUCGAGGGCUACCACCAGGAGUCGGGGCGAGCAGGGAGGGACAACCUGCCUGCCACCUGCGUGCUCAUGUACAGCUAUGGCGAUUAUGCGCGAGUGAAGAACAUGCUGCUGCAGGGAGCGGAGGAGGCAGCACAUGGUGGGGGCUGCAGCAGUGCUCCUACUUCCCGUUGCCAAGCACUCCCCUUUUGUUUCUUUCACUCCACCCUUAUCCCCUCCCCUCUCCUCACCCCAGGCGCGGGUGAAGCACAUGCUGCUGCAGGGGGCAGCGGAGGCGGCAGGAUGCGUCAUCAGCACCACAUGGUGAGUCGCAUGGUGAGUGAGCACACUGUUCGCAUUUUCCCUUCCCUUCCCCUUUGCCCCCGCCUCCUCUUUCCCCCUGGUUCCACGUUCCUUUUCGCGCCUAUCCCUCCUUAUCCUUACCCCUUGUUCCCCCUCCCCCCACCAGGUGGCAUACUGUGGCGUACUGUGGCGUACUGUGAGAACGAUGUGGACUGUCGGCGCACGGUGCAGCUCUCUCAUUUCGGGGAGCGCUUUGACCCCGCGCACUGCCGCCGCUCCUGCGACAACUGCUGCCGGGACGUUGCCUCCGCGCCCCGAAACAUCACGCGCCUGGCCCUGCGCAUCAUAUCUCUCAUUCGUGACACGGGGGAGCGCCACACCCAGCAGUACAUCCUUGACCUCCUGCGUGGCUCUGCCAGUGCCCAGGUACGCAUGGACCAUCUGCCACUUGUGAGCAGGCAGCGUGAGCAGCCAGCCAGCAGUGCCAGUAAUCCACUCACACGCCUGCACGGCCGGGCCCCACCAGCACCCAGUGCAAUGGGCACGCAGCUCUGGCACAGCAGAUGUCUUUUGAAGCGCCUUUUCCAAGUCCCCUCCCCAUCCCUCCUCCCCACCGCUCUCCACUUCACGGCCCAGGUGAAGCGCAAUGGGCACGCAGCUCUGGCGCAGCGAAUGGCGGAGGAGAAUAAGGCGGGUGGCGGGGACGAGGAGGAGGGCGGGGCGGCAGGGGGGUGGAGCCGGCGGGACAUGGAGCGGGUGGUGCGACACCUGGUGUGCGUGGAGGUGGUGCGGGAAGACAUAAACAAAAGCGAGGCGUAUGGGUCUAUCUCCUCAGUGCUGCGAGUGAGUGUAACAACUUCCCUUUUUAACACACAUGCGUGUCACCCUCUGGAGGGGGACAUGGAGCGCGAGGUGCAGCACCUGGUGUGUGUGGAGGUGGUGCGGGAAGACAUCAGCAAGAGCGAGGCGUAUGGGUCCACCUCCUCGCUGCUCCGGGCGAGUGUGAACGACAGCAAGGCAGAGGCGCUAUUCUCAGGGAAGCUUCACCUCACUCUCAGCUUCCCCAUUCAGAAGCGACCUGACUCCGCACAGGCAUCAAUUGGUGCAGGCAGAACCACAUCACCUGCUGCUGCCACCGGCGUCACCCCCACCGGCAAAGCCGCAGGCAGCAGGGGCAGGAGGCAAGCCAGAACCAGGAAAGGCGCUACCGCUGCUGCUGCCAAUGGGUCUACAGCUGGCAGCAUGGGAGGAGGGAGAUGCGUGGAGGCAGAUUCAUGGGCUGAUGAGAUUGAUAAUGGUGAUGAUGGUUCUGGUGAUGUGAGAUGGUCUGGUGGUGCUGGUAACAGGGGGUUCUCUUCUGGGGUUGGUGGGGGAGUUGAGCAAACGGAAGGAGCACAAGGAGCAGGGGGAGCAGAGGGAACAGCAGGAGCAGGGAAGGGGUUUCAACAGAUGGCUGCUGCGGCGGCUGCUGCUGUGGACUCGGCUGCGCCCUUUUCGCCACCCAAACAGGCGGCUGAUGUGGUGCUGUCAGGGGCGGUGUACAAGGCACUGCACGCGUUGAGGCAGACCCUGGUGCAGGAGUCGGGCAAGAACCUCGCACCCUACCACAUCUUCGGCAACGCGCAGCUGGUGCUAAUCAGUCAGCGCCUGCCCCGCACUCUCGACGCGCUGCAGGAGAUUCCCGGCAUUGGCAGAGUGAAGGUCAACAAGUACGGUGCCCGUGUGCUGGAAACUAUUGAGAGGCUCAUUGAAGAACACAACAAGGGGGAUGCCGGAGACAUCAGCAACGACCGUAACAGCAAACCUCCUGAGUUAUCUUCUGACCAACCAACUGAUACACGGAAUGCACCUGUCAACUCCACUGCGGCUUUUCCAACCCCUGCUAAUGUGAAUUCUGCUCCAAAGGCGUCGGAAAACCCACAGUUUUUCUCCUCUGACUUGGCUACACUGAAAAGGAGCCUUUGGAGUGAACGUUCUGGCAAUCAGGUGCCCCCUGGUACUGAUGGUGAGGGGAAAAUGGCUGCUAGCAUUGGUGGUGGUGAUGGGGGGUAUGCAGAAGGGCAUGUUAAAGUUGGUUUGUUGGGACGAAGCGCAAAGAGGGCUCGAGCGAGUGACGAAAGCGGAGGGGAUUGUAUCGAGGUGGUUAAUGUGGAGGAUGUUGGUGGGGUUGGGGAGGAAUGGCGAAGUGGAAGGGAGGUGUUUGGGGAUGGUGGUGGGGGAAGUGGAGGGAGGGCCAAGGGUGUUGUUGAUGGCCGCGUGUUGGCGCACUUCGCGUUCGAAAGCCGGCUGCGGGCAUCGCGAGGAGCGGGAGGAACGGGAGAGUUGGAAGAAGGUGGAAAGUCCGCGGACACGGUUCUGUUCCCCCCGGCCAUCCUGCACCUUGUGCAAUCGUUAAGUGUGCGCCAUUUCUCACUCUCUCUCACACACGGCAACUGGGACGUGCAGCAAUGGGGUACCCCCUCCUCCUCCUCCUCCUCCUCCUCCUCCUCCUCCUCCUCCUCCUCCUCCUCCUCCUCCUCCUCCUCCUCCUCCUCCUCUCCCCCCUCUCAACCCUCCUCCCCUCUCCCCCCUCCCCCGCCUCUCUCACACCAAGAGUACGACGUGAGGCCGCCAGGGGCACAGCUGGUCGCGUGGAUGGGCGGAGAAGGGGGGAGAGAGCUGGAUGCCACGUGGCACAACCUCACCGACGCCCUGGCAGGGCUGUUCUGUGCCUCGCUCAACUUCCUGCAGUCCCCCUCCUCCGUCGUCUCCCCCGCUCUUCACUUCCACACCCCAUUCCCUCUCCCCGCAAACCACACUCACUCACCAUCCCAACCCCUAUCCUCCUCCUCCUCACCAUUACCGAACCAGCCGCCGAGCCUGCACGUGAGGUACGGCAGCAUGGCUCGGGAGCCGGUGUGCACGGAGAACCUGACGCCGUGGCUGAAGCUGCUGCCGUGCCGCGACGCGGCAGGGCUCUCGUCUCUCAUGGACCGCGGGGCCGUGUUUGGCGGGCGCUACCACUCCCUGCACACUGCCGUGUGGACCCAUGUGUGCGAUGAGGUGAUGCUGCACCAGUCGCUCACCGUCGUGCUCGAUGCCUCCACUGAGAACGCCCUUGCCGCCGCUGCGGCUGCCGCUGCCACCAAACCCGUCCCCUCUGCUCCUUCCAAUUCAGCAGGUGCAGCAGCAAAAGAGGGGCUUGAUUUGAGUGAUGUGCUUCCGCUGCCGCCUGAUUGGAGCGUGGGUGCGCUGUUUGGGCGGCAGCUGACGUCAGUGUGUCCCUUUGCCACAAGCAACGCGGUGUUUGGCCUAGAGGGGAAGUGGAGGGUGAGAGUGCAGGAGAGAGGUGGUGCUGUGUGGUCAGGGGGUUGGAGUGCAGAAGACAUGGGGGGAAUGGGGGGCGUGGGGGGAAUGGGGGGCGUGGGGGGAAUGGGGGGCGUGCAGCUAGUGGAAGCAGUGCUGCUGCAUCGUGACAUGCGCCACCAUCAAGUUCACGGCUCUACCUCUGCCUCUACCGCUACUGCUGCUGCUGCUGGCAAUGGUGUUGACUCAGCGUUGCAUGUGGGUGACGUGGCAGCGGUCAGCUCGGCAGGCAUUCACUGGAAGCGGCGUGUGGCAUGGCAGCGGCGGCCGGCGUUGUUCGUCCUUUCUCGGUUCACCACAGGCACAGGAGACGCCCUGGGGGGACUGACCUUCCUGAUUCAGAGAGCAGGAGGAGCAGGGGGUGCUGCAAGAGCAUGUGAUAUAAAAAAGAACAAUGAUUCUUCCAAGACAGGGAGUCAGAGCGGGGAGUGUGGAAGCGACACAGGGAGCGACACAGUGAGUGUGUUCCAGGCGGUGCCGUGGUGGCUGAAGCUGUACCUGCACACGCUCUCUCUCUCCUUCGACCACCACCCUGUCAGCCUGAGGGACAGCAGUGCGGUUGUAGUGGCGCGGCUACAACCGACGAGGGAGAGAGGCGCGCCUGCUGUGCUGGAGCUGCUGCUUCGCGUGCCCAGAGGAGUCUCUCGCGUUACAAUCACAGUGCAGUACCGAAAGGCCUUUCUGACGGUCUUUGAAACGCCGCCUGAUGCCAGCAGGGGAGUCGACCUUCCCGCUGCCCUCCUCACCGUGCCCUCGUGCCGGUGCCCCUAUGGUGGUGCCACCCCUGUGAUGCUGCUUUUUGAGAAUUUUCAAAUGGUGAUAUCCCCCCUUCCUCCCUCUUGCUCGCUGCAGGACCCCCAGGGUUCAAGCCACAUGUAUGCGCCACCGGUGGUGGUGCCAGUACCGCUGCCAGAUCUGAGCAUUCCAUACAAUGUCAUCACACUCACCUGCACUCUGCUCGCCCUUUUUCCUCCUCCACUUGCCACCUCAGGACCCCCAGGGUCCGAGCCACAUGUAUGCGCCACCGGUGGUGGUGCCAGUGCCGCUGCCCGACCUGAGCAUGCCUUACAACGUUAUCACACUCACCUGCACUCUGCUCGCCAUUGUGCUCGGAUCGCUCUUCAACACUCUGCGAUACCGCCCCUCUGCUGCUUCUGGUGA